CCGCUGCGCUCCCGUCAGCGCCUCUGCCCUCCGCGCCCGGCCUGGCGUUCUAGAACCCGCCGCGCCGCCGCCGCCUCAGCACCAAUGAGGAGACUGGGUCCGGCCACCCAGCCCAGUCCAGUCGUGCAGGAAAAUGGAGACCACCUCAUCCCCUUUGCCAAGUGUUCCAGAGUGGUCCGCCGCUCGGCACCCCCUGGCUUGGCUUCCCAGAGCCUUGGACUGCCGCCCCAGCGAUCCGGAGCCCUUUUCUGGAAGAACCUUAGCCAAAGGCCCAGCCCCACCUGGACGGAAGAACAGUACACCCCACCCCUGCUGAGAGCCACUGGAUGCUCCCAGCCUGGCCUGUACACCCUGGAGGGGCUCCCACCACCAGAGGUGCUUUGCAGAAGAAAGAGAAGGAGACCACGUUUGGCAGGAAUGCAGCAGGGACCUGCGGGCGUCCCAGCCCGGGUGAAGGCAGUCACUUAUCACCUGGAGGAUCUAAGGAGGCGACAGAGACUCAUCAAUGAACAGAAGAAGGCCCAGUGGGGCAGCUCUGGGGCUGCAUCUGAGCCCCUGGCACUAGCCGAUGACCACCGUGGAGUCCCCAGUGCCACCGCAUACCGGGGUCCGGAAGAGGACAGGGCGGCCUACCCACAGGAAGACGGCCACCCUCUCACGGCUGGCCGGCCCCAGCUGCUCUGGUCUCCCUGGAGCCCCCUGGGCCGCGGGGGGGGGUCUUGCCUCCCCAGGCGGCUGGGCUCCCUGGCCUCCUUCAGCGCUGUCACAGCCAGCAGGAAGCUCCUCUGCAAGCCCUGGGGGAUGGAGGUGCAGUCUGAGGAGUGAGGACGGACCCCAUGCCCCCGAUGCCGCCCGCUGCCCCCGCCCCCAGGGCCCCAGCCUGGUUGGCGGCCCUGGAGCCUCCCCCACUUGUGACAGCGAGGCGUGUCCCCCUCCUCAGCCUCUCCCAGCUGCCCCCACCCCCAGCACUGGGCGCUAACAGCCCCCUUGGCCUCCCUGGUCAACCCGCUCCUCGCGGGGCUCCCCGGGGCCGGCUGCCCACCGGCCCCCCCCGCCCCGCCAGGCCCGAUCCCCGGCCUCUGUUCUGACAUUAAAAAGCAAAGCAAGUCGA